UUUCAAGUACAAGUUCAUACAUUUUAUUGUAAUAAUGUUCUUUAUGUCCAUUUACUCUUGUGUACAAACUGAUUAAUAAAUAAUUAAACAAAGAUAAUGUAUAGUAAUAUAUUAUAAAAAAAAUAACAUUUCUUUUUUAUUAUACAUUUUCUUAUUAUUAAUUAUUACAUAUAUUACUUCAUAUCAGAAGAUAUAACGUUUCAUAUUAUGUAAAACUUUCCUUUAUUUUGUCUAACUGCACAGAUAAUACAAAUAAUUUACCUAUUCUCCAAAGUUUUAAGUACAAAUUUUUGGUUACAUUAUUCAACUCUGAUAUGUACUUAUUAAAAAAGCACAUAUUCUAUCCAUUCUCAUCAUCACAUUUAUCCAAGUUUUUAUCUACUUUUAUUUUCACAUUUUUUUCUUGCUCCAACAUCUUCACAAUUGUCUCAAGUGUAUAUAAAUGUUCAUCAUUUAUACCUGGUGCUAUUACUCGCAUCGCAGAUGCCAAAUUGUACAGAUAUUCUGUGUUUGCUCCACUAGGACCAUGAGACACUGAUAUCUGUUUUGCUAUUGUAUAGAUAUCUUCUAUACCUGCGUAAUUUGGAUUGUCUUCUCCACCUAUGUAAAUUGUAAUAUAAAAUGGUGUGUUUUCUGAAACUGACGACAACAAUUUUUCAUUUUUAACUUCGCUUGAAAAAGUGUUAUUUGUUAAGAAAUAUGAUGCAGUAUCUUUAAUUGAAUAAGAUGGAUAAAAGAGAACGCUUUUUCUUUCAUAACCUCCUUUUUCCCUGUAAUCCAAGUGUCUUACAACUUUAUCUAUAUUUUGAGGUGAUAUUCUAUAAGCAACACCCCACACUUGGUCAUUGGAAUUAUCAGAAUUAAGCAAUGUUACAACACGACCAGGUCUGCUAGGUAUCCCUCUGUGAUCUAUACUUUUCUGGUAAAAUCUUCUGAUAUAUCCUUUGAUGUGACCAAUGAGAAUUUCUUCGUAUGGAAAAUCUGCUUUCCAUAUCAGUGAACCAUAACCAAACACCCACAUUAUCGCUCUUCUCGUUAAAUAGCGAUUAUCUUAAUGAUCAUUUGAACUUUCCAUUUAGAGUUGUAUUUUUCAAUAAGAAUGUAUAAGUUUCAAAUAGUACAUUAUUUUCUAGUCUUCUGUAUGGGAUGUGUAUUAUAUAUCUUCAAUAGUAACACAUACAAGUUGGAAAAAAAAAUAAACUGUCUUUAUCCCUACAACAUACAUGGAAUUAUUGAAGGUCCUGCUAAUAAAUUAACAGUGUUUGGUAGAAAUCUUUUUUGUACAUAUAAGAUUCGUUUUAAACAAGGAACAUUGAUAAUUGAAGAAGAUUCUAGUAAAAAAAGACUUAAUGAUUGGAUAGUAUCAGCAAAAUGGGUGGCAUUUGAUGAAUAUAAUUAUUUAUGUGUUCUUUUAGCACACAACAAUGUUUGUAUUUAUGACAUAUUUAGUGAAUGUUAUCAAAGUGUAUCAUGUGAAGAAAAAUGCAUUUUAUAUGCUGGUUCUAUAUUAGACAACAGUGAUGAAGAUGUAAUUAUUUUUAGUGGAACUGUAUAUCAAGAAAUAUUGAUAUGGCAAAUAAAUUAUGCUCAUCAUGAUAAUACUUUUCCAGUUUUACAUCGUUUACAAGGACAUAAUGGUGUGAUCUUUUCAGUCAUAUAUGAUCCACUUGCACAACUUAUCUGUUCUACAUCAGAUGACAGAACAGUCAGAUUGUGGAAAAUAAGUAACAAUAAAAGUGAAGAUAGUGAUCAUACAUUAGAAGAAAAAUUAGAAAAAAUAAAUUGGAGAGAAGUCAAUAUAAGACUAAUGCGAACAAUGUUUGGUCAUACAGCUAGAGUCUGGAAAUCUAUCAUUAGAAACGAAAUUUUAAUUACCAUAGGAGAGGACUCUCUUAUAUGCACCUGGUCAUUGGAUGGUAAAUUACUUAACAAAGUUUGUGCUCACCAUGGUGCUGCUAUAUGGAGUAUUGAUAUAUCAGACGAUAAUAAAACUAUUUUCACUGGUGGUGCUGAUGGUGCAGUUCAUGCAUGGCCUUUUGUUAAUAAUUAUAUCCAAAAAGUUAUACUAUUACCAAAAGCACAUAUAUACACAUUGCCAAAAUAUGUGUGUUGCUUAAGAAGUGGUAAUUUUCUAAUUUUUAACGAAAAUGGCACUUUGUUUAUAUUUAAUAAUUGUUAUAGAAGUCUACUAGGGUCAUUGUAUUUAGAAAAAUAUAGUACAUACUGUGUUAUGGAAGUUUCUUUAUGCCGCUCCUAUGUUUGUUUUGCAUCAAGAGAUGGAUAUGUAACAAUAUAUAAAGAAGUAGCACCUAAUAAAGAAUUACAACAAAUUAUAGAAGAAAAGAUAAUGGAUUCACAAAUUUUUUCUGUACAAUGGCUAGAAAAUAAUAAAUUAGUAAUUUGUGGGAUAAAUGGAAUUUUAAAGAUAGUCAGUGUCACUGAAGAAGGAUUAAUCACUGUAGAAUCGGUAUGUUUGUUACCAUAUAGUCGAGAACGUUGGUUGACCGCAGCUGUUUUAUAUGAAACAUUACUAGUGUGUGGGGAUAGAGUUGGAAAUAUGCAUGUUUUUGAUCUUGAAAAACCUGUCUCAUAUAAUGGAGCGAACAUAUCUGAAACGAAUAAUAAAUGCAUCCAAACUUUUGUCAAAGUUCAUGGAAAGAUUGGUAUUCAGAGUUUCAUAGUUUUUAAUUCAAAAUUAAUAUCAGCUGGUCGUGAUGGAAUGUUAAAGUUUUAUGAGUUAAAUAAACAUGAAAACACAAAGUUAUUGUGCACUUUACAUAAACAAAAAGUGCCAAUGGAUUGGAUUAGUGGCUAUCUAAAAUCCUCUGAUGAUAUUUUUAUAUUAGGCUUUAAAGAGGUAGAAUUUAUAAUAUAUAGCAUGUUCCAUCAUCGAAUUUUGAUGAGAGUUCCUUGUGGUGGUGGACAUAGAUCAUGGGAUUGUAUGUUACAAAAUGAAUUUAUUACGUUUUUAUAUAUUCGUAAUAAGCAAGUGUAUGUAUCUGAUUUUCCAUUAUAUUCUUUCACGUCGCCAGUUUUAUUAAACGGUUUUCAUACAAAGGAAAUAUGUUGCAUCAAUCCGAUAUCAAAAAUUGGUCAGAAUAAUAUUUUUAUAUCUGGUGGUGAAGAUAGCACCGUUCGCAUUAGCUGUAUCUCAAGUACAACGAUGAAUAGCAAUUUCUUCUUUCAAACGUUGAAUAUUUUUGAUGGUCAUAUUUCCAGUAUCAAAUUUAUAACUUACUUAAGUUUACAAACUAACGAUUUUUACAAUAAAUAUCUCAUUUUUUCGGGGGGUGGAAGAGCACAAAUAAAAGUUUGGGAAAUUGAUAUAAAAAGUAGUGAAAUAUAUUUGCAAAAUACGGAUAUUUCUUGCCAUGACAUUACAUCUCACAUGUUGUACGGAUUUGAUCGUUUUCGUAAAAAGCAAUGGCAAGAAUCUAAUCACUUCUAUAAUAUGGAACCUGAGAGUCGAUAUAUGGAUAUUGAGGUUUAUCGUUGCCCAACAAAUUUCCAUUACAUAUUGCUCUUUGUUGCUUGUGCAGAUGGAUUUGUAAGAGUAUUUUUAUAUGAUAUUAGUACGAGAAAUAUUUCAUUAAAAGCACAUGUAAAAUGUGUUGAUCGUUGCAUAACAAAAAUAACCGUUUUAACAUAUAAUGAAAAAGUAAUUGUAUUAACGAUGUCCACUGAUGGAAUCGGACGAUUUAUUGACUUUACUAAUAUUAUUUCAAAGAUUAUAAUAUUUCCGCAAAAUGAAGAACAAGAAUUUUACAAUUAUAAAAAUUUAUUCAUUGUAAAGUUUAAUUUACAUCAAUCUGGAAUUAAUUCGUAUGACAUAAAAAUGAUUGAAAAGAACGAAUAUUUAUUAGCAACUGGUGGUGAUGAUAAUUUAUUUAACAUUAUUUGCUUCAAAGUUCAGUUUCAAAGUACAAAGAAAGUACAAAGUAGAAAGAAAGAAUUAUAUAUUUCAUUGUUAUCAAAGUGGAGUUCUUCCACUGCCCAUGCUGCUCAAAUUACAGGAAUAAUAUUUCGUGAAAAAAAUACAAUUUUUAGUGUUGGAGUGGAUCAACGAGUAAACAUGUACUGUUAUGAUUUUAACAACAGUAUCUUAUCUGUAACAUUUUUGAAGAAAAUCUCUACAUUUGUAACAGAUGUAAAAGGCUUAACCUCGUGGUAUAAUUCAAAGGAUGAAUCAGUUGUAUGUGUAUACGGUAGAGGAUUUGAAAUAUUGAUCUCCUAAUAUGAAAUACGCAGUUAUAAGAAAUUAUGGUGACAGGUAAUAUUGUUCUUUUUUUUUAAACUGAAUAAUAAAGCAAUAUAUUUACGUUUGAUUAAUCUUCUUGGUUAGUUAAAUAGUUAGGUAAAUAGUUCUACUUAUUAUCACCAGAUGGCAAACCCAUGAGACAAAAGUCAGUGUUGAAAUUAACUCGAUUAUCUUGUUGAAUCUGUUGAUGUUUAUAAAAAGCAAAAUAUUAUUUUAACUAUUAAUUAUUUUAUCGAGAUGACCAGUAUUACAAUAUCAGCUGUUCGGACACGAACUAGCAUACUUGAUAAAUCAUUAAGUAAGGGAAAGGGAGAGGUUAGCUUGAGUUGUUUCGCACUUUUGUUUUCAGAACUUGUACAAUACUGUCAAAAUCGUGUUUACACCGUACCAGAAUUACAAAAUAAAUUGGCAGAAAUAGGAACUGAGGUUGGACACAAAAUAACGGAUUUACUCGUUGUACGAGAGAAGGGUGGAAAACGUGAGAUAAAAUUGUUAAAUAUUUUAUUAUUUAUUAAAAGUACAGUAUGGAAAUCAUUGUUUGGUCGUGAAGCUGAUAAGUUAGAACAUGCAAAUGAUGAUGAGCGCACAUACUAUAUCAUAGAAAAAGAAGCGUUAGUAAAUAAAUUUAUAUCAGUUCCAAAAGAUAAAGGAAGUCUGAACUGUGCUUCUUUUAUUGCUGGUAUAGUUGAAGCUAUUCUUUGUGAUUGUGGUUUUCAAGCAAAAGUCACUGCACAUUGGCAUAAAGGUACAACAUACAUGGUUAAAUUUGAUGACGCAGUUGUUGCUCGUGACAAACAAUUAGAAGAUCGAUAAUCGAAGAUAUAGAAAAGAGUUAUUAAAUAUUAAAAUAAAAUUCUGUAUUCAUUUAUAAGUAAAGAAUCAAUAUCUUUAUAUUAAAAAUGUGAGAAAAUUCCUUGAUUUUUUAAAACUAUUUUUACAAAAUUUCCAUUUCAACGAUGAUUUUCUUUUCUUCAAUCAAAUAGAAUCAUAUGUAAGAAUUGAGUUAUAUAUCAGUAAAUAAUACACUACCAUUUUAUUUUUAUUUGCGGAGCAAUUAUUUUAUUAUAUUACAGUACAUGCAUUGAUAUAUACAUUACAAACUCAACAUUUAUAAACUAUUGUAAAAAAAAAAUGUUAUGAAAAUUUAAAUUCUCUAUCAUGAUAACUUAAUUGACCAGUGCGAUAGACAUGUUCUUCCUUAUACCUUAAGGUACUUGAGAAGUCUCCCACAUAAAAAUAUGGUUCCAAUAUAUGCAAUACCAAGCACCAUAUGUGGCCAAAAUUUUGUUUGCCCAACAAAUUCAUGUUGAGCUCUCAAUAGAGCUAAUCGUUGAGUUGCAUCAUCUAUGGGCAUUGUUUGUACCGUUGGGUUGAGAACUUCUUUCAAAUACUGUUGACGUAAUUGAAUUUUCCUCAAGUGUUUAAAUUGUAAUAUUUCUCGUUGUUUUGCAGAUACAUCGAAUGAUUCUAUUUUCUGUGCACACAUUUUUUCCAGUACAAAAUUUGCACAGUUCAGAAGAAAUACGUAUGCUUAAUUCGCAAAAAUGAUAUUUAUAUGUAUGUAAUCUGUUACAUUGGCAUAGACCAUACUAUUGAUAGAUACGUGGAACCUGCAUUAUCAAAAUGACCGAGCUCUACAUUUCGCAUUGAUAAAUUUUUGAUUUAUCUAGUUUAGAAAUUUAGAGUUUGACUGAACUGUACGUUUUGCUUUGAUAAGCCUUUGCCAUUUCAUCAUUUAUUUAUUAGCAAAUAAAAAUACCACGUAAUUUUGAGAUACAUACUUUUUUGAUAAAAUUUGGCAAGGGCUAUGUAUUUCAAAAUAGAAGUUUCAAUUUUUGGAUUUCGAUUUAAAUCGAUUAAAUGCACGAAUACAAAAAUAUUUGAUUAAUGAUAGUGAUUAAAGCAACUAAUGAAAUAGAAGAAAAUUUAAGUAAUGCCAACAGAUUACAAAGUUAGAUGAUUAAGACGCAAUUUGAAGAAUGUGUAAGCAUUGCCUGUGAUAAAAUGCAUCACUCACAUGUAGACACAUGUGUUUGAAAUGUUGGUUGAUAUUGCUAAACAUUUAUCAGAGUCACAUGACAAUUGCAAUGCGUAAUGGAUGCGUAUUUAAAUCGUUUUAUAUAAAAUAUUAGAGAUAAAUGCACAUAUCAUAAUGGACACGGAAAUUAAGAGACGCUGUCGCACACAACAAAAGCUGACUAGCAUUGACUCACGCAGUAGGAAUCUAUAGAAUAUAGAGAAGAGAGAGCGCUUUAUAUCUGGAAUAACGGUUGUUACAUCGUGAUUAUUUAGUGUUGUGCUACGAGUCCUGUCGGUUGUUGAAUUAUUCUUGAUAUAAUUUUAAAAUCAUGAAAACAUUUUUGCUUUUAAUUGCAACAAUAUUUGCUACGGCGCAGGCUGUGUCCUUUUUUGAAUUGGUUAAUCAAGAAUGGACAACAUUUAAGUUGCAUCACGCAUGUAGACAUUAUAUGUUGUACCAUAUGGGUCUUUACCAAUCAUAUGCAGAUAAAGAAUUUGUUUAUUUAGAAUCGUUCGUUCAUUUAAUAAUAAUGGAACAUAAUAAAAUAUAUAAAAAUGAUGUUGAGGAGAGAUUUAGAAUGAAGAUAUUUAUGGACAAUAAACAUAAAAUAGCUAAACAUAAUGGGAAUUACGAAAUGAAAAAGGUUUCGUAUAAACUAAAGAUGAAUAAGUAUGGUGACUUGUUAAGAUCUGAAAGACCUCUGAGUUUUGCUGCAUUUAUUGAACCAGCAAAUGUUGUAUUACCAAAGACAAUAGAUUGGAGAGAACUUGGUGCUGUAACUCCUGUUAAGGAUCAGAAGCAAUGUGGAUCAUGUUGGUCAUUCUCUGCAACUGGCGCUUUGGAGGGACAACAUUUUCGACGAACGGGAGUUUUAGUUUCUUUAAGUGAGCAAAAUUUAAUUGAUUGCUCUGGAAAAUACGGUAAUAAUGGUUGCAACGGAGGACUGAUGGAUCAAGCUUUCCAAUAUAUUAAGGAAAAUGGAGGUUUAGAUACAGAAUUUAGUUAUCCAUAUGAAGCUGAAAACGAUAAAUGCAGGUAUAACCCGGAAAAUAAUGGUGCCAGUGAUAUUGGCUUUGUGGACAUUCCGGAAGAAGACGAGCACAAGCUUAAAGCAGCAGUUGCUACUAUGGGACCAGUUUCUGUUGCUAUUGAUGCUUCUCAUCAAUCUUUCCAAUUUUAUUCUGAAGGAAUCUAUUAUGAACCAGAAUGCUCUUCACGAAAUUUGGACCAUGGAGUAUUAGUAGUAGGAUAUGGAACUGAUGAAAAUGGUCAGGACUAUUGGCUAGUAAAGAAUAGUUGGAGUGAAUCAUGGGGUAGCAAUGGCCACUUAUGCACAAUGGGCGAAUUAAAUGUGUGUUUUCAAAUAGAUACAGACAACCGUGAAAAUUUUCCAUCUGCAGCUGCUUUUCAGACAUUCAAAAAUCAAAGAGACACCUUUUAUGAGAUAUUUAGAAUAUGGGAAAAAAACCAUUCAGUGCCUGGAUGGACAUUUCAAAUAGCUUUAGGAAGUAAAAUAAGAACUAUGUUAACAUUACAUAAUGAUGCUGUAAAUUAUUAUCAUUUUGCAAGAUUGUUUAAGUCACAACUUUUGAUUUCUUGUAUACAAAAUAGACAACAGACAGAAGUAGAAGAUGACGAAAGUAUAAGCGUUUUAAAGACAUUGAAACAUGUAAAUCCAAAAAAGUUGAAUCAACUUCAAAAGCGACUAGUAACUCCACAGCCUUCUAAAAAUCAAAUUACACAACCGUCUUUCCCUGGAGUGCAAGAAUUUUUCAAGGAUUUUAUAUUAUUCGCUUUUAAUCCAAGUUUUUACAUUCAUUUAGAAAAUUGCUUAAUCCAUGAGAUAAUGGAAUUGAAUGAUACUCAGUUUAAUAAUAGCGAAAUAGAAGAUUCAGAAACAACGGUCGAUGAACAAACACAACAAAAUUUUAUUAUUUGUUUAUCUAGUUUAAGACUUCUUGCAAAAGUGUUAGGUCUCCUCAUAUCAUUACCAUAUAGAUCGGAAUCUAAUAAUUUUAAAGAUUUAAUAGCAACUCAAGUGGAAAUAAGAAGCAAAGUCGUACCAGCAAUAAAUUUACAUCUUUGUCUUCAUAAUGCAAUUGCAUUAAGAAAAUUAUCAUUAACUGUACCUUGGGUAGCAAAAUAUUUAGCUAUGAUGGAUACAGUGUCUCUUCGUUUACCAUAUUAUAAACAAACUUUGGAACUUUUAUAUUAUAUUUAUAAAGUUGUAAAUCAUUUUGACUUUUCAACAACUGAUAGUUUUAUUUCUCAACAAACAGCGAUUUUUCUUAAAUCUAUUUUAAGUUGGUUAUUCGAAUUGCCAAACAUUCCAAAAGAUUUCUAUCUUGCUUGGCAAAAGAUGUAUAAAGUUAGAGAGCUGCGAAGUUUGGAGCAUCUUGAUAAAAAUUAUGUGCAAAAAAAUAUACUGUUAGGAGAACCCGCUGUGUCCGUUACAUCAACUAAAUGUAGUUUGGACAAGUUGGAUAUCAUUAAUGAAAGAACGUUGCGUAUAUGUUGCCCAUUGAUUGAAUUAAACGUAUCUGUAUCGAAUUGCAAUACAAAUCUAAAUAAUUACAACGCAAAUAAACAUAUUACGCCAGUUUCUAGUCAACUUUAUAAAUCUGCUAAAAGUGCAGGUAUAAAGCAUUUGGAGUUGCAAUUGGAAGAGGCAUUUUUUGGUGGACAACCUGCAUCUACUCGAAAAACUGUUGACUUCGUAUCAGAACGAGUUGCUUCAACGUGUGUAAAACACAUAUGUAAUACUUUGUUAAUGUCCUCUAGAGAAACGAAUCUCAAUAAUUUCAGAGAGAUUUUAAAGAAAAAACAAGUUGGAAAACAAUCCGAAAAAUUUGGGGAACCACGUAAUAUUACAGAUUUUAAGGCAAUUGUGAUAACUGAUAUAAACACAUUAGCUAUGAAUAUGUCUAAAGAAUUGAAAGAUCAAUGUGAAGCAUCUAUACCGGGAAUUUGUGAAUUACGGGUAACGAAAUGCAUAGAUGCUCUUUUGGCGGAAGAUUCGCUGACACCCGUAAAAGAAAUGUGUGCUAAAAUUGCUACAAGAUUAGCUAUGGAACGUAUACAUCAAUGGAUACAAUCUCACAUAGUUGGUGGGUCGUUAUUUAUAAAAGACAUGGAAGUUGAAUUAAAUAGAUUUUUGAGGAACAAUACAUCACUGCAUCCUAAGGAAGAAAAGGAACAUAAUCCAAAUGCUAUGAGUCCAACAACUGUCACUGACAACUUGAGGGAACUUAUAUGGAUUAUACUUGAUAAUGGCGGUGAUUUCUUAACAGUAACAAUUGUGUCGACUAUGUUAGAUAAUUUAUAUCAGACUUUAAACGAAAGAGCUGAUUUAGUUGUGGGACUGGAAAAAGUUUUAUAUUCUCUUAGUACAGAUUUUGCAUUAUUUUUAGUUGCUUAUCGAAGCGAUCUGUUUAUUUCAAAAGUUCAAGACAAGUUUAUAACAAUAUGGGCGAUGAAUCGUUGUAAAACGUUGGAAUCAGACUCGCCUAUACAUAGAAUAUUUAGUUCUAGAAAUGUUAUGCUCUUAGCGCAACCGGAAAAGGAAGAAAUUUGGAUAGUGUUCGGAAAAUUUAUUAACAGAUUAAUAGAAAAAAAUGUUUUAGACAUUGAUAAUUUUAAAGCAUCAGAUGAAACAACAGAGAAAGUGAAAUAUCUUCUUGGUUGGAUAGCUGAAACAUAUAACGAGAUAGAGUUCUGCAGUGAUUACAAUUCAAUAGGCUGA